GCGACCUCGUCCUCGCUUUCGGGCCUUCGGCUGCGCAUAUCGCGACUCGUUCUGCUGGAGCUCGUAGAGGCUCGGCUCUCUCGUCCGCGUCGACGCGCCCGUGCAAUUGUGGAAUUUCUAUUCCGCAUUCGAUCCGUCGGUGGAGCAAAGUUCACGAGUUUCAAUUUCACAGUCUGAUUCGAAUUCCGUGAAAGUGAUCGUUUCCGGGGACUCGUUUUGUUCCUGCGAGAAGAAGACUGGGCUGGGUUGCACAUCUGUCAGAAUCUGCAAAUGUCGAGGGGAAGGACUGAUUCCUUGAUGCCACCGACGCAUCUCUCCACUCUGGAUAAGCUGGUCAGCGAGAUAGAACAGAGUUCUGUCGUUAGCUCCAGGGUGCUCAACCAGAUUAGUGAAAUUCUCGGACAAUUGCCGGACAAAUUAUCUGCUGACGAAAAGUUGCAGGCUUGGAAGCUGAGCUAUCGACUUUGGAAUACAUGUGUCGAUUUGGCGAACAACAAACCGCUCAGUGAAGACAUUGACGAAGAUCAUGCAAGGCUCCGUCAAGCAGCAAGCGAUCUGUUACUUAAAGCAGGAACUAUAGACGGUGUGGAUUCAUGUCAUCUGAAAAUUGCACAGUUCUAUUAUAAAACGGGCACCAUCUGGCACAAGAUCAAAAAUUAUGGCCAGGCUUCCGUGUGCUUCCAAAAGGCUGGAGAACUUAUCUCCCAGGGCCAGCAGGAAUGUGACGGAACUACUGAUGUGAACAGCAGAGAAGAGGAGCAGUUUUUGUUCGAUUUGUACUUGGCAAAGUCACAAACAGCCUGGGAAGUCAAUCAUCGAGCACUCGCAUGCAGCCUUUUGGCCAGGGUUCGUAAAUUACUCACUAAUUUUCCAGAAAGAUGUCAGCAACUUGCUGAGCAAUAUUUCCAACAUGGACAGGAGCUUGUAGCUAAAGAAGAUACAGAAUCUCAAAGCGAGUCAAUAAUGUACUUGGAGCAAGCAUUUGAAGUCUCUUCGGAGGUUCGGAAGGAUUCCCUUGAUGAAUCCGCAAGAGCUUCCUUGAGUGAACUGAAGUUACAAAUCUUACGUUACCUAGCGGCAGGACAUCUACAAAGAGAGAACUAUGAGAGUGUUCUAAAGUGUGUGGCAGUUCUUAAGUUGGCGCCGAGUCAUCCAAGUACUAAUUAUCUUGCUGUCAAAGCCUUGGCGGGUUUGUGCCGCCAUGAAGAAGCUGAAGUUGAAUUGUUUGCUCUCAUCAGACAACAUAGUGCAAGUGUAGAAGCUUGUCUUUCUGCUUUGGAGAUAGUGCUGCAAGAUCCCAAUAGGCUGGAAGGUGGAAAACGUGCUUUUUUCCUAAUUCAAUCAUUUCAUGCCACGAACAAAAUGAUACCGCUAAGGAUGCUAGAACAUCUACUCAAACCUCUACCAGACGCAGAUGACAAUCACUUUAAACAAAUAGAGCUUGCAUUAGAGAUCGCGACCAAUACGAACAUAGUGUCAUUAAUCACAGAUGAAAAUACCGAUGGGCUCUCUGUUCAUGACUCUCAUAUAUCAUCUAACAAAGAGCAACAGUGCACACAUGCAAUCCUCUGGAACAGUGGUGCAGAGCAUUUUACAGCAAAGAAGUACGAGACCAGUAUAAAGCUUUUUGAGGCAUCGAUGUUGUAUCUUCCCGGCGAUGAGGAGAACAAAUUACAACGCGCUAAGUCCUUCCGUGUUCUUUGUCUUUGUCACAUUGCCCUAUUGCGGUAUGACAGGGCUGCUGAAUUCGCCAUCGAAGCACAGAAGAUAGAGCCCAACAUCCCGAGCGCAUUCUUGAAAUUCAAAAUCUUUCUACAAACAAGCAAAGAAUCGGAAGCUGCUGAGGAAGUGGAGAAGAUGGUCAAAUGUCCAGAUUUUGAACCUAACUUCUUAACUCUGGCUGCACACGAAGCUAUGGCUCAGAAUUGCCCAAAGGUGGCCAUUAACGCACUGUCAAAUUUACUUGGUCUGGAAUCAGAGAAACGGAAGUCUACCAUAAAGGAUGUAAUUCUUAUUAGGAACCUUGUCAGUCUUUCGUUGCGAGAUACUGGGAACCAAAAGGAAUUCUUCAGGUAUGUGAAGUUAGCUCAAACGCUAUCAACAGAUGCUGGAUUUGAGUCAUUCUUUGGAUCCGGAAGCUUGGGUCAGCAGGAGGCAAAAUGGUUUGCAUCCACUUCUUGGAAUCAGGGUUUAGUUGCAAUCAAAAGUAAAGAUUGGCAGCUUUCUGGGGAUAUUUUAGCUUGCGCUUCAGAUUUCAUUUCAUCUCUCGAAGAGACUCAUGAGAAUCUUCAAUGGCUACAAAAGUCUCUUCUUCUAGCAACUUCUUGCCUUCUGGCAGCUGACUCCGGAGUAGAAUGUCUCAAAAUGGCCACCAAAAUGCUGGAGAAAUGUAGAAAGGUACAUAGAGCUCUAGCCAUGAGCAUGGAAUCAGCAGAUCCAGUCGACCACAAUAUGGAGGUAUACAUGGCUUUAAUCUCCUUCGACAUUAAAGGUCGGGUGAAAGAUCACAAGGCUCAACUCGAGAUCCUUUACCAAUGUGGCACCUUGUCCGGAUUCAAGGCGGAACACUAUCUUAUGAUGGCAGAUUAUGCAACAAACGAAUCUCACCCUCGUAUUGAAGCAGCAACCACCGCCUUACGCAUGGCACUGAAGUUUAUGUUGAGUUUGCCUGCCCCUGAUUUCAAGCUGGUCGCCAUGACUGUUAGAAAGCAAAUCAAGAUCCUGGACCAACAAAACAAAGAUGGGCCUGAAGUGCUGGUGAUUUACCGGCAAUCCAAGGAAAUUCUCGCAAAUUCUUCCGCAGGAGACUAUCCACCAGAUGAAGUACAAUGGUUGGUUGCAACUUCGUGGAACCGCGCUGGAUUGCAUCUCAAAUUUCAACGUUUUACACAAGCAGAAACCUGGAUGGAAGUUGCUAUAGAUCUGCUGAAGUAUGCUCCUCAAAUGGAGAGUCGCAAUUCAAUUAUGGUUGAAGGUUUGAACCACGUAAGGCAGAAGAGAAUGUCAUCUCUGACCAUCGCUCAAGGCCAGAUCAAAGAUUAACGAGGAAAGAGGAAAUUAGAGCCAUGUAAUGGAGGACGAAAGCAUCGGACAUUCGACAGAGGAAAAAGCUGAUUACAACUGGUUCACACCGUGAGUGCAUCAUCAUUUAGCGUAUGAUUGGUGGUAACGCAAUGCUAAGUUUCUUGACUCAGGAAUUCCUUCAAGAAGACAUUGAAUGCACAUUCCUUGGAAGAACUUAUCACUAUAUCUAUUUGUUAGAGUUCAACAAGCACAGCACUUUUCUCACUGUGAAUAAAGGCUACAGUUAUCAAACU